AUGUCCAAGGUAACGGCGCCCGGGCCCGGGCCGCCGGAGGCGGCGGCGGCGGGCGGGAAGGAGAAGCGCUCCUUCAGCAAGCGGCUGUUCCGGAGCGGCCGCGCGGGCGGCACCGGCGGCGCCGGGGGUCCCGGGCCGGCCGCGCCCUCCUCGCCCUCGUCGGCGCGCUCGGUGGGCAGCUUCAUGAGCCGCGUCCUCAAGACGCUGUCCACGCUCUCGCACCUUAGCUCCGAGGGCGCCGCCCCGGACCGCGGCGGCCUCCGCAGUUGCUUCCCGCCCGCGCCGGCCGCCGCGCCCACGCCGCCGCCGCCGUGCCCGCCGCCGCCCGCCUCGCCCGCUCCGCCCGCCUGCGCCGCGGAGCCGGUGCCCGGGGUGGCGGGGCUCCGGAACCACGGCAACACGUGCUUCAUGAACGCCACGCUGCAGUGUCUCAGCAACACGGAGCUCUUCGCCGAGUACCUGGCGCUCGGCCAGUACCGGGCGGGGCGGCCCGAGCCCUCGCCUGACCCCGAGCAGCCCGCGGGCCGCGGCGCGCAGGGCCAGGGCGAGGUCACCGAGCAGCUGGCGCACCUGGUGCGGGCCCUCUGGACCUUGGAGUACACCCCGCAGCACAGCCGCGACUUCAAGAGUAUUGUGUCAAAAAAUGCACUGCAGUAUCGGGGAAAUUCCCAGCACGAUGCCCAGGAGUUUCUGCUGUGGCUUUUGGACCGAGUUCACGAAGACCUCAAUCACGCUGUGAAGCAGAGUGGUCAGCCUCCUCUGAAGCCACCAUCAGAGACUGAUAUGAUGCCUGAGGGACCAUCUUUUCCUGUCUGUAGCACUUUUGUACAAGAACUUUUUCAAGCCCAAUACAGAUCUUCUUUGACGUGUCCUCAUUGUCAGAAGCAGAGCAACACCUUUGAUCCUUUCCUCUGCAUUUCUUUGCCAAUUCCUCUACCCCACACAAGGCCUCUCUAUGUCACCGUAGUGUAUCAGGGGAAGUGCUCUCACUGCAUGCGGGUUGGUGUGGCCGUGCCUCUGUCUGGGACUGUCGCCAGGCUUCGGGAAGCAGUGUCCAUGGAAACAAAGAUCCCCACUGAUCAGAUUGUGUUAACAGAAAUGUACUAUGAUGGGUUCCAUCGUUCCUUUUGUGACACAGACGACCUGGAAACAGUCCAUGAAAGUGACUGCAUUUUUGCCUUUGAGACUCCAGAAAUAUUUAGGCCUGAAGGAAUUCUCAGUCAAAGAGGAAUUCACUUAAACAACAACCUAAACCACUUGAAGUUUGGCUUGGAUCAUUAUAGACUGUCUUCUACACAAGCAGCAGCAAAGCAGGGGAAAGCGGACUUGCCCCUCUCAAGAGCAGGAAGCGACAAGAUCGUUCUGUUAGUGUGCAACCGAGCCUGCACUGGGCAGCAAGGGAAAAGAUUUGGACUACCUUUUGUGCUGCACCUAGAGAAGACAAUAGCAUGGGACCUUCUGCAGAAGGAAAUCUUGGAGAAGAUGAAGUACUUCUUGAGGCCUACAGUUUGCAUUCAGGUGUGUCCAUUCAGUUUGCGUGUGGUCAGUGUUGUGGGAAUAACGUACUUGCUGCCCCAGGAGGAGCAGCCUCUGUGCCACCCGACGGUAGAAAGGGCACUAAAAUCUUGUGGACCAGGCGGUACUGCUCAUGUGAAAUUAGUAGUAGAAUGGGACAAAGAGACAAAAGAUUUUUUGUUUGUAAAUACUGAAGACGAGUAUAUCCCUGAUGCCGAAAGUGUCCGGCUACAGAAGGAGCGUCACCAUCAGCCUCAAACUUGCACUUUAUCCCAGUGUUUCCAACUCUACACCAAAGAGGAGCGGCUUGCCCCCGACGACGCCUGGCGGUGCCCGCACUGUAAGCAGCUGCAGCAGGGCAGCAUUACGUUGAGCCUCUGGACUCUGCCUGACGUGCUGAUUAUACAUCUGAAGAGAUUUCGACAGGAAGGAGACAAGCGUAUGAAACUUCAGAACAUGGUCAAGUUCCCUUUGACCGGCCUGGACAUGACACCUCACGUGGUCAAACGAAGCCAGAGCAGCUGGAGUCUGCCGUCCCACUGGUCUCCAUGGAGACGGCCCUACGGACUCGGGAGGGACCCUGAGGACUACAUCUAUGACCUGUAUGCCGUGUGCAAUCACCAUGGCACCAUGCAAGGGGGGCACUACACAGCAUUCUGCAAGAACUCCGUGGACGGCCUCUGGUACUGCUUCGACGACAGUGAUGUGCAGCAGCUGUCGGAGGAUGAAGUCUGCACGCAGACGGCGUACAUCCUUUUCUACCAGAGGCGGACGGCUAUACCAUCGUGGUCGGCCAACAGCUCGGUGGCAGGCUCCACGAGUUCCUCCUUGUGUGAACACUGGGUGAGCCGACUCCCGGGGAGCAAGCAAGCCAGCGUGACCUCUGCGGCUUCCUCCAGACGCACCUCCCUGGCCUCGCUGUCUGAGUCCGUGGAGAUGACCGGGGAGAGGAGUGAAGAUGACGGAGGCUUCUCAACUCGUCCAUUCGUGAGAAGUGUCCAGCGCCAGAGCUUGUCAUCCAGACCGUCUGUCACCAGCCCCUUGGCCGUCAAUGAAAAUUGCAUCCGGCCUUCCUGGUCCCUGUCUGCCAAGCUGCAAAUGCGCUCCAGUUCCCCUUCCCGCUUCUCAGGAGACUCUCCGAUUCACACCUCUGCGUCCACCCUGGAGAAAAUCGGGGAGGCAGUGGAUGACAAGGUCUCCAUCUCCUGCUUCGGUAGCUUGAGGAACCUGUCCAGCAGCCACCAGGACUCGAGUGACAGUCACAGUCGGCGGGAGCACAAGGCUGUGGGUCGAGCCCCUCUGGCUGUCAUGGAAGGUGUGUUCAGAGACGAGUCAGAUGCCCGCAAGUUGAACUCCAGCGUGGUGGACACACAGAGCAGAAGCUCAGCACAUGGGGAUCACUUGCCCCCUGUCUCUGAUCCAUUUGAUAACAAUAACCAGAUUGCUUACGUGGAUCAGAGCGAUUCUGUAGACAGCUCUCCAGUCAAAGAGGUGAAAUCCCCAAGCCACCCAGGCUCCCUCGCAAAGAAACCAGAGAGCACAACCAAGAGAUCCCCCAGCGCCAAAGGUGCUUCUGAGCCAGAUCGAAGCUUGCGGAAGGGGAGACCAGCCUUGGCCAGCCAGGAGUCCUCUCUUUCCAGUACGUCCCCUUCUUCUCCCGUUCCCGUGAAAGUGUCCGUAAAGCCCUCCCGCUCCCGAAGCAAAGCCGAUUCUUCUUCCAGGGCCAGUGGACGGCAUUCCUCCCCUGCCCCUGCCCCAAAGAAGGAGUCCUCCCCCAAGUCCCACGAGUCCGUGUCGUCCCCUUCGCUCCAGAAGCAGAAAUCGGCUUCUUCCCUCGCUUAUACUGCUUCCUCCACAUCUGCAAAGAAAGCCUCAGGCCCCGCCCCGAGGGGCCCCUUCCCUCCUGGGAAGAGCAGGACUUCAGACAGGAGCUUAAGCCGAGAGGGCUCCAGACACAGCCUGGUUUCCGACAGGGCCAGCGUCACCUCCAGCUCCAAACCCAACUCCCCGCGCGUGAGCCAGGCCAGGGCCGGGGAUGGCAGGGCGGAUAGCAAGCACGUGCGGAGCUCCUCCAUGGCCAGCCUGCGCUCCCCCAGCGUGAGCGUGAAGGCUGGUCUGAAGAGGGACAGCAAGUCCGAGGACAAGGGGCUGUCCUUCUUCAAGUCGGCCUUGAGACAGAAAGAGACCCGGCGGUCAACAGAUCUAGGCAAGACCGCCUUGCUGUCCAAGAAGGCGGGCGGGGGCUCCGUCAGGUCCAUCUGUAAGAGCGCAGUGGAUGACAAGGCAGAGAAAGGCUCCCAGUCGCCAGGCUCCCAGCAGCCAAAUGCCAGUGCGGUUGGGAAAGAGCCGCUUGCCUCCAAGGACCCCGCUGCUGCUAAACUUUCCCUGCUGUCUGCUCGCAAGCCCAAGACUUCUCAGCUCGAUUCUGCAGCGCCCUCGUCUCCUGGGUGCAGGCAGCCUGCUGAGAAAUCCUCCAGAAAGUUACCUUCUAGCAUGCAAACCUCUGCACGGCCUUCUCAGAAACCUCAGUGAUACUUCUGCAGUCCAGGUGUUUUAUCUGUAAAGAUGUUAAUUUAUUUAGAACCCCUUCCCUCCCACCAAAGCCCUUUAUGCUUCUGUUUUGUAUUUUUUGGGAGUCAUGUGCCUGCUGUGUGUGUGUGUGUGUGUGUGUGUGUGUUUGUGCGCGCGCGUGUGUAUAUGGAGAAUUCAAUUGCAAAUUGUUAAAAGCGUCGCCUUAUUCUGCCAUUGAACCAAAUAACAGCCAUAGGCAAAGCAUUGACACCAAGCUAACUGAAAUAAUUAUAGACGAUACCCUGGACGGUCCCUUUAGUACAUAUUUCUUUCUAGAGAACUCUUAACGACUUUCAUUGGACACUAGGGAUUUGAAACCUGUGAAACCAGUUAAGCUAUCACUAGUGUGCUCUGUAGAAGGAUGAAUUACUUGACUCUCGUUUCAUCUGAGCGGAAUUUGUCGUCAGCUGUGGAUUGUCACGUGGCACCAGGAACUCUUACGAACUGUGACACUAACAGUGAAAUAAACCGAGGGGAAAACUGUCGCUUUCUGCACUUUGGCCCCAUCUUACCAGUUUUUGUCAAGGGCAAUAUUUUCACACUAACGUUUCUCAGGUAUAUACUCAGCUAGUGUAGGACGGUUGCGCAUCCGUGAAAGGAUCAGAGAAGGUGGCCUGUGGGUUGCUGUUGUUUCUCCUACUGCCACAGAGAGAAGUUUUUAGAGGUAGAAAUGAAAUCUUUCACCACCUUCCUAUCUGCAAAGACGUGCAUUGCCAUAAGCUGUCUUGACCUGUGGGAUGUGUUUUAAGAGAUGGC